AUGCAUUCACGGACACUCGCCUAUUCUCUUCUGCUCAUCGCCAUCGCACUUUGUGCCGUUUCCGUCGCUUACGCACCGAGAGUCAGUUUUCCUUUCUUGUGCAUAAUUUCAACGAAUAUCCGUGGAGUUGGCGACGUACCUUCAAUGUUCUUCUCCCCAUUCCGAAUGAUGGGAAAACGAAAUCAAUUUUAUGGGCUAUUCAAAAAGAUCCGGAGCAAUGAAGUAGUCGACUACUGA